AUGUUUUCGUGGGCAGUGCCGAACAAAGAAGCGCUGGAGACCGUGCGGAAGUAUUCACCUCGUGGUGUUUGCGAAAUCGGUGCGGGAUUAGGAUUGUGGGCGAAGAUGUUGCGAGACGAAGGCGUCGACGUUUGGGCCUACGACGUAUUCGCGAAUGAAGGAGAAGGAAACGGAUACGUGGCUGGAGGAUUUAACGCGUCAAAAGAGGAAGGAGCGCCGCCGCCAUUUUGUACAGUAGAGCAAGGAGGCGUAGAGAAAGCGACGUUACACGAGCAGCAAUCCUUAUUUCUUUGUUGGCCACCGCCCGAAGCCGCGAGCGGCAACGCGCCAGAUAUCGCUCGGUACCUCGCGCUAAAGGCGUUGACGCAUUACAAAGGCGACUGCGUGUUGCACAUAGGGGAAGGCGCGAAUGGAGAAACAGAUGGAGAGAAAUUUCGCGAGAAGUUACGCGAACAGUUUGAAAUGAAAGAUGCGGUAUCCAUUCCGAAUUGGCCAAACGCGUGUGAUCGUUUGACCGUGUACGAGAGAAGGAACAAAGCGCAAAGAACUCUCGACGAAAAAUUGUCGCCUUCGUUGCAAAUGAAAGCAUCAAACGCGGAGCGAGAAAAGUGGAACGAGGAGCGCGCGGCUCGUUUGAGCGCUCAGAACGAAAGAUGGAAGGAGUUGUGUGUUGAGCACGUCGAACGCAAGAAACGCAACUCGUCGUCGUCGUCUCUUUUGCUUUCCUCCAUCGAAAGAGAAGCAAUCGAGGCGGCUAAAAAUAGAAGCGGCUUCUUCCGACGACUCGUCCUUUCUCGUCUGUUAUUAUGA